AUUAUUUAUUCUGUGGUGUCAGACGUCAGACGGAGAUGUCUAGUUUGUGUGUAAAAAAUAAUUAAUUUGUCGACGUUUUUGUGUUACAAUUAUGUGAAUAAUGAGAUGAAAGUGUAAAUAAAUGUUAGAUUAGUGUACGCUAGUGAUUAUGGCGCAUAGUGGUGGUGUUUUAAGCUCGGAUAUAUCGCGUAGGAAUCCUCAAGAUGAAUACGAGCUCAUACAGAGGAUCGGUUCGGGCACUUACGGAGAUGUGUACAAGGCGAAACGUCUUAACGGCAAUGGUGAGCUGGCUGCCAUCAAGGUGAUCAAACUGGAACCGGGUGACGACUUCGCCAUCAUCCAGCAGGAGAUCCUGAUGAUGAAAGACUGUCGUCACCCGAACAUUGUCGCGUAUUAUGGCUCUUAUCUUAGGAGGGAUAAAUUAUGGAUAUCCAUGGAGUACUGUGGAGGAGGAAGCUUACAGGACAUUUACCACGUGACGGGUCCACUCACCGAGUUACAGAUAGCGUACAUGUGCAAGGAGACACUGAUGGGCCUGUCGUAUCUACACAGUAUGGGAAAGAUGCACAGAGACAUAAAAGGCGCUAACAUCUUACUAACGGAAUGUGGGGACGUUAAGUUGGCAGAUUUUGGGGUAUCAGCACAGAUUACGGCUACUAUUAAUAAAAGGAAAAGUUUUAUUGGUACACCCUAUUGGAUGGCACCAGAGGUAGCGGCUGUAGAAAGAAAGGGUGGAUACAAUCAACUUUGUGACAUUUGGGCGUGUGGUAUCACUGCGAUCGAGCUAGCGGAACUUCAACCACCAAUGUUUGAGUUACACCCGAUGCGAGUAUUAUUCCUAAUGUCAAAGUCGGGAUUCAAACCACCACAGUUAAAAGAGCGGGAACGAUGGUCGCAACUAUUCCACGCAUUUCUUAAACUAGCAUUAACAAAGAAUCCUAAGAAACGGCCAACCGCCGAGAAAUUAUUACAGCACGCAUUUUUCCAACAAGAUAUGAGCAAACGUCUAGCGAUCGAUCUAUUGCAGAAAUACUCGAACCCACCCAGUCACUGUAACAGCCAAGAGUUGGAUGACGAUGGAGCUUUAUCAAACGUACCUCAACGAAUCGCAUCGCGACAGACGCGAGGUCGUCCACGGUCACUGAUGGAGGCUCGGCCUUCGCCCCUCGAUCAUCCGCUCAGAUUAUCGUCAGAAGAGGAGAGAGAGGCGAACAGACGUUCAGGCGUGUACGACGACUCCCCCAUCAUAGACCUAGACGCUGAUGACGAUUUGAGUUUGUCUAUGCCCAAAGUGAUCAAUUUUAGUGCUGAAGUCAAUAGGUGUGAUGGGGACACUGUUAAACGGAACUUAUACCACAGACAAACGAGCGAAGAUUGGAGUGUCGCGUCUCUCAUGAGCUGUCCAAAGCACAAUCCGCUGACCCAAGACCCUUCCACCGACAGUAUGCCUUCCAGCGAGAACAAGUGGUGUCGGGUCGUCACCGGUGAUGAUAUUAUGAGAAUGAGUUUGAGGAGCCUCUUGCAAUAUAUUGAUGAAGAGUUAAUGCUCAGGGCAACACUACCCCUGACAGCAGACACAGCAGCCAUGUCCCAAGCCACCAGCUCCGGUCUGUCGAUCCACGACCAACAUCUCUCUCAAUGCAUACAGUUGAAGCAGAACUUCUUAAACAAUUCCACAACGAAUGUUUACCAAAGCAUCGCGUCUAAUUUCCAAUCUCCUAUCGGAGCAUCCUCCAUUUCAAUAGACGAUCCUCUCUCUAGAAAGAUCGAAACGGAUAUCCUAUACGUCGAUCAGCAGGAGAACGACAUAGCGAACGACUCGUCUCAAAUGAGAAACGCAAAUUGCGAAUGCGGCCUGUGUCCCAAACCAGAAGCGAAAGGUAACAACACGCUGAGCGACCUGCAAAGGUCGGUAGCGUCGAAAUGUUCCUGCGAUGCGUGCAAUUCAAACGGCGAUAUAUUGAGCUACUAUCGGCAUUGUUCGAACCAAAAUGCGGAUUCGGGUAUAGUUUACUGUGAUGCGUGUAAGAAACAAAAGAUUUCUCUAUCGAAUUUUCGCGCUUUGCAAAUAGCGAAUCGCUUACGGAUAGCGGAUACAGAUCGAGUCGAAAACGGCGGGACGUCCGAUGAUGACUUGUGCAGGAAGAUAGAUAUGAGCAUGAACAUGGAGGACAAAAGUUACGAGCACAGGAAAAGACACAACAGACAUAACUCGGACUCAGUCACGGCUGGUAUAGAUCUGAGUCAGUUCUGCCAGUGUGAGAUGGAGAGUACCAGUAAGAGGAAGACGUCGUCGGUGGACGAGAUAUUCAAAAUGGUCGAGGAGAACGGUCGGGACGGUCAGAAGGAGCUCGUGGACGAGGAACUGAAGACCAGUCAGAGGCAAAGGAGUCUGUCUGACAGUCAAAGGGACAAAGCGAAGGUCGAAGGCGACGCGCGCACGCCGCCGGUGCCGCCGCGGCGCGCGCGCGGGCGGCGCACGCGCACGCCCCCCCGCCCCGCGCCCAACGGCCUGCCGCCCACGCCCAAGGUGCACAUGGGGGCCUGCUUCUCGAAGGUGUUCAACGGAUGUCCUUUGAGGAUAAACUGCACAGCGUCCUGGAUACAUCCAGACACCAGAGAUCAGCAUAUUCUUAUAGGGGCAGAAGAAGGUAUCUACACUUUAAACUUGAACGAGCUUCACGAAACGGCCAUGGAUCAGCUGUGUCCGAGACGAACUAUAUGGAUGCAUGUCAUAAAAGAUGUUUUAAUGUCGCUCUCUGGUAAAACUCCAUCACUCUACCGCCAUGAACUUCUCGUACUAUCGGGUAGCGGUAGAGGAGGAAGGGGUGGUGGUGCGCGGUCGCUCCGUGUCCUGCCGCCGAGAUUACUGCCGCGACGGUUCGCGCCUACCACUCGGGUACCUGAUACUAGAGGUUGUAUGCGAUGUGCGGUAGCCCGUAAUCCCUACAACGGCUACAAAUAUCUUUGCGGUGCGACUCCCGCUGGACUUUUCCUCAUGCAGUGGUAUGAUCCACUCAGAAAGUUUAUGUUGCUCAAGAACAUCGAAUGUGUGGUACCUUCACCGCUACUGGCUUUCGAGCUGAUCAUCACGCCUGAGCUGGAAUAUCCGUUGCUCUGCGUCGGCGUCACCCGGAAACCGCUCCGACUUAAUCUAAUCAAUAUAAAUUCAGGAGCGACUUGGUUCCAUUCGGAUGAAUUGGAACUCUGUCCGGGUGGUUCGAACACUGUGAUCCCGCGUCCGGAACGACUUCAUACAUUGCGAGCCGUUCAUCAGUUGAAUAAAGAUGCUGUGCUGGUGUGUCAUGAAAACGUAGUAGAUAUCAUCCCAGUGCUUCCAACGUUCGAGAGGCGACACGACGAGAGACGUCGGAACAAACUUCCAUCGCGGAUACAAUUCGACUUCCAUAUUGAUAGUAUAUUGUGUUUAGCCGAUUCAGUAUUAGCAUUUCAUCGUCACGGCGUUCAGGGCCGUUCGUUGAGAAAUGCGGAUAUAACACAAGAAAUCACCGAUCAUUCACGCGCGUACCGACUGCUUGGAAAUGAUAAAGUGGUGGUAUUGGAAUCGCAUUUGCUUCAGAACAACACGCUAUCGGGCGAAGACGGCAACGAUUUGUACAUAUUGGCUGGUCACGAAGCGUCGUAUUAAUACGCAUUAAUAGCUUACAUACAAUACUAACGGAAAGUAAUAAAAAAUUAAACGUUUAUCGAUAAUUUUAUUUGUAAUUGGUUCAUCGAUUUCGUCUAAUUUACACCAUGAUCCAGUUUAGUGAAUAUGUCGAACGUAUUUUUUUAUACAAAGUGAAAAUUAUUUGUAACACGCUAGUAUUUGCUGAUAGUUAUAAAUAUAUUUUGUGGUUUGUAGUACCUCAAAUACAUUAGAAUCGUUUAAUUAUUAUAAUUGCUAAUGUCUCAUGAACCACAUAGUCGCAAUCUCGGUUCAUAGUGGUUAGGAAUGCAACAUAACAACAGUGAUUUGACAAUAGAUUUGCAACUGUAAUUCCUAUACAAUUAGGUUGUAUUUCGUUUGCAAUUAAUAUAAUUUGGUCGAGUGAAAGUGGAGUAUUAAAAGCGGUUGUGGGAUUUUUUUAAAAUGAGUGCACAUCUAACAGGUAUCCAUUAUAGAAGUAUUGUACCGUAGAACAGCUUAAUAUACAUUAAAAUAUCAACGACGUUAAGCUAU